AACGAGAAAUUGAUCGGUGAAUCGUAUCCCCCCACAUUCCAUAAAACCCAAACCCUAGCGGUCUCCGGACCCAGGGCGGCCGGCACCACCACCACCACCCAUCAUGUCACACCCAGACCAAACUUGCCCACCACCGCCAUCGUCGAAGCCACCGUCGCUUUACAAACAAAAAUCAUUGUCUACGGAUUUCAACCGCGAGGAAGCGUGGCUUAGACGGAAAGACAAUCACCAUCACCACCGCCACCACCACCGCCAUGGGCUUCACCGGCGGAGCCAGAGUCUGAUAACAACCGAAGAUAUCGACGAGCUCAAAGGGUGCCUCGAUCUCGGCUUCCACUUCGCCUCUGAACCGACAAAACUCUCCAAGACGUUUCCGGCGCUUGACCUCUAUUACGCCACCUUAUCACCACCGACGCCAAGUUCGAAUUCGUCAACCACCACCUCCAAUUACGGCGACUCGCCGCCACAACCGUGUAGUCCCCAUAACACCACCGCCACCACCACCACCACCACCACCCUAUUCAAUUCAGGAGAGAAUCCCGAGAUGGUGAAGAAGAAACUAAAGCAAUGGGCGCAGGUGGUUGCUUGUGCAGCACGUAAACCCCCAUGUUGCCAAACAGAUCCAAAGGAUUAAAUCAUCCAUUUAUCGUACGAUAUAAUAUUAUUUUAAUUUUAAUUUUAAUUGUCAAUUGUUGUUAAAUAAACGUUUUGAAUAAACUUUAAAUUUAAAUU